AUGGGAAAAGUUACGGCAUAUUAUAUGAAGCGACUGGACGUGACAAUUCGGGCCGCCAUCAGGAAGUCGCUCUACUUGCCUGAAGACGUGGCGAUCGGGUUCUUCCAUGCAGCGGUGAGGGACGGUGGACUGGGUGUUCCAAGACAGGCGGGGUUCAUCCCACAUCUCAGACUACGGAGGUUACUGCGUUCACGUGCGUCCUCUGUGGCCCUCGUAGUCGCUUGUGCGACCAGGGCAAUGGUUGAUUGUCAAAUCAACUGGUGUCGCGCUCGCCUGGCGGACGUGCCAAGACCAGAGAGUGCGGACGGCCUCAAGUCGUACUGGGCACGGCUAUGGCACGAUGCGGUGGACGGAGCUGACCUGUCUCACAUUGCCGAAAGCGGUGUGAGUACGGAUUGGGUCCGCCGACCGAGUCCUUUCAUGCGAGGGGGCAACUUCGUGAACUAUAGCUGGGUCCGUGCGAUCGCACUGUGCAGUCGUAUGAGGAUCGAUCGAGGGCGACGAGGGGGCCGCGAUAUCAUGUUUCGUGCGGUUUGUCAGAUGGCUGAGACCGCGGUACACAUGAUACAGCGGUGCUUUCGUACACAUGGCGAUAGGAUCCUCAGACAUGACUGCAUAGUAAAGGCUGUCGGUAAUUCUCUAACAGAGAUGGGAUGGACGGUGCACUACGAGAGAGUGUACCACACGCCAGCAGGGCCCAGGAAACCAGACAUCACUGCUGUGCGGGGAACAAGGGCGCAUUUGAAUAAGGUGGCCAAAUACCGAGAUGAAGCCCGACUCACUGACACUAUCAUCGCUGAGCGCCGAGCUGGCCGGGACGGGUCGGCGGCCAGAGUUGCGGCAGACGGCGUUGUGUAUGUGACGGUCACCGUCUCGUGGCGUGGGGUCUUGGGCAGUGAUAGCAUGCGUAGUCUGGAGGACCUUGGUGUGGACCGGCGAACUCUUCGUCGGAUUCCCAUCAUGGCCCUGAAAGGCUCCUACCUCAACUGA